ACCGCCUACCUGGACGGUAUGCGAGGUCUUGUUGCUCUUCUCGUCUUUGUUCGCCACUUUUCACUACCGUGGCAGCCACAUCUGGACUAUGGAUACGGCCAGUAUGGCUCCUACCAUGGACUUCUUCGCUUACCGUUCCUCCGGAUCUUGUUCGCGGGACCAUGGGUACCAAUGAUGUUUGUGGUCUCUGGAUACGUCUUGUCGGCAAAGCCGCUAAAGCUCGCUCGAAACGAAGCAUGGCAGGGUCUCUUCCUUUCGAUGGCGAGCUCGACCUUCCGACGGGCCAUUCGGUUGUUUUUACCGCCGGUCGUUUCGACAUGUGCAGUCAUGCUGAUUGUGCAUCUCGGCGGUUUUAGCUUCGAUUAUGAACUGAUGCCUGGUCGAAACCCCGAACAUCCUGCAGCUCUGGAUUCCGUUGGCGCUCAACUUGGGGACUGGUGUCACUUCGUGCUCUACGAGCUCACCAAUCCUUGGGAUUGGCACCAGCGGCAGCUUAUGGCGUAUGGUCCUCACCUUUGGACCAUUCCUAUCGCAUUUCAGGGAACGCUCGUCGUUUUUCUGGCGUGUCUUGGCCUUGCCCGAACUAGACCUCGGAUGAGGGCAGUGUCCUUGGGCUUGGGCAUUGUAUGGAGCGAACUAUGCGGCAGAAAAUACAUCGCACCAUUUCUUGGCGGCACGUUGAUUCGCGAGUUGAGCUUCUCCAAACAGGCCGCCAGCGGACCAGGUGGAGCCAAGGAGCAUACAACAGGUUCGAUGGUCAGGUCCUCGUUCGCAUAUAUCGGACUCAUGUUCGGCCUCUUUUUGGGAUCCUUUCCGCGGUUCAAUGACCAUGGCCGAGCUUGCACAUUUGGGUGGAAGCUACUAUGCGAUAUCACCCCGAAUUAUCGCUUCUGGCACGGAAUUGCUGCCUUCUGUGUCUUGCUUGCGAUUGAUCAGGAUCGCACGCUGCAACGACCUUUCGAACAUCGGAUUAUUCAGUACAUGGGAACUAUCUCAUUCUCGUUCUACAUCGUGCACGAGCCGUUCCUUCACGUGGUAGCGUUUUACCUACCUGGGUUUUUCUGGACCUGGAUUGGUCAGGAGGGUUGGCUAAGGUAUCAAUGUGGGUUCGCAAUGGGAAUGCUUGCCAGUCUUUUCAUUUUGGUAUGGAUUGCCGAUGUGUUC